AUGGAGAGCUUACCAACUGAAAUCAACACCAAAAUUCUUAUAGGCUUGCCAGUCAAAACACUUGGCCAACUAAAAUGUGUAUCAAAAUCUUUCAACUUGUUUCUCAAAUCUCCUCAUUUCAUCAAACACCACAGCCAGCAAAUCUUGGAUCAGAACAGUCUGAAAUUAGUCUUUGUAGCUGCCAGUUCGAGUGUGCACACUCUAACCAUCACAGAUCACAACCUUGUAUCUCGUAUGGCUGCUGUUCCAUUGCCCCCGAACGAUGUCAGCAAGUUCCGCCGUCCCACCAGUCUGGUUGGCACAUGCAAAGGCUUGGCAUGUCUCCGCUGCCCUGCAAACACAUACUCUCUUUUGAACCCGACUACUAAAAAGUUUCGGGUUUUGCCUAAUCCUGGUAGAUUCUGGGUUUCGAGUUGGCCUCCGAGUAAGGUGUCAGGGUUUGGUUACAUUCCAUCACUGGAUGACUUCAUGGUUGUUUGUGUUGCCCUUUAUAAGGAUCUGCCUUAUGCACCAAUGAUCAAGGUUUAUUCUGGUAAGGCUGAUUCAUGGAAGACCAAGCCGGUCACGGUUAGGGAAUCUCUUUUGGGUUUUAUUUCUGAUUAUGCAGUUUAUUUCAAUGGUUCUGCUUACUGGCUAGGCUGGUCUGCAGACAUUGAUGGGAAACAUCAACGACUUUGCAUUAUAGCGUUUGAUUUUGUGAAAGAGGAAUUUAUGACAGUUUCUUUACAUGAUGAGAAUAUACAUCCGGGAAAAAUUAAGGCUUUAGUGGUGUUGGAAGAGUGCCUUAGUGUUGUGGUUGACGAGGAUGAUUUCUCUGUGGGAAUGUGGAUGAUGAAGGAGCUUGGUGUUCAAGAGUCUUGGACCAAGACUUUUUCGUUCAGAAGAGCUUUUCUCAAGCCUCAUGUAUCGGUUUUUCCAAUUUGCCAGGCAGGAGAUGAGGUUAUUUUUGAGAUUAAUCUUGAGCUCCGUUCCUAUGAUCCGGUGAAGGAUAUAGCCUACAAACUUGGUGAUGUACGAAGGAUUAGGAAUAGGGAAGGCAGAAUCCACAUUGCCAAGUAUGAGGAGAGUCUGAUUUCGCCUCAUGACAUUCCGCAGGAUAGAAUUGCAAGCAUCAUAGCGGAUGAGGAGAUUGCAGGUCUGAAACUAGAGCUUAAUAAGAUGAUCCUCAAACUUCAGGAGGUUAAAGCUCACGAGAAGGACCUUUUGGAGAAACUUAAAAUUGUUGAGGAGGCUCAUGCUGAGGAAAAUAAUGUUAUGAACAAGCGAAUAAAGGAGCUGAAAGAUAAGCUAAGUAGGUUGCGACUUGGAAAUGAAGAGGCCCAGGGGUCUAAGGACAAUGACACUGCUGCUAAGGAAGUUGCUUGA